AUGAGGUCCGAUGGUGAACAACAAGAUCAAGGGCGAGGCAGAGGCGGUGGAGGAGGCGGAAUAAGGGGUGCGAAGGGUCGCAUUUGGUCGAUCGUUUCGCGAGAAGGCCGUCUCCCGAAUCGACGAGGCAGAAACAGUGAAGGUGGGAAGCCCUCUUCUUGCUCCGUUGGUGAUGUGCGAAGGGGGAAAGGACCUCCGAGGUUUGGCUGGACUGAAGGAAGAAAAAAGAAAAUGAGGGUUGGUCCGUCGAUCUGCUGCAAUGAGAUGCGAGGCUCAAAUUCGAUGGGUGUUUGUAGAAAUGAUUGGUUUUGUUGUUUUCACAUGAAUGGGAGAAGAACACGAAUGAGAAACUGCCCUGGUCUUCCUAGAAAGGAAGAAGAAGAAACACAGAAGUGCUUUGAUUGUGUGGAAUUGAGUAUAAUGAAACAAGAAAGAAGCAGAGUGAAGGUGCGAUCUGGUUUUCAUAUGACUGCUCACGCGGUGACAACGUCUCCAUCUCUUUGUAGAAUCCGUUGUAAACCACCUCUCCCCCUCUACGAUGCCAUUGAUAUGGAGUUUACUCUUCUUUUUGUUUUCGACAUCUCCAUCAAUGGUUUGGAUUCAAAGAAAGGUGACAUAUGCGAUGCAGUCGGAGAGGGGACUGCCGAGAGUCUUGGUCCAUACGGAGAAAGGUUUGUCGGAGGUGGAGACGAUGGUGGUGGCCGACGAUUUUGUGGAAACCCUUGCUGUCGCUCUCUCAUAGUCAUGAACAUCACCUCUCUUCGGCUAGACACAAACCCUAUCACUGCUCCGCGGAGGGCCUUCAAUGGCGCUUGUGGAAGCUGUCUCAACACACUACCCCGACGCAUUGCUAUUCUCAACCACCAUCAGUGGAGGAAAACCGGUCCAAUUUCGUGUUCCGCAUCUCCGCCAGUCGCCGUGGAAGAACAAACUAGUAACACUCCGAGUCGAAUCGAAGCUCUGAGUCAGGUAUCCGGAGUGUUGGGUUGUCAGUGGGGCGAUGAAGGCAAGGGAAAACUAGUCGACAUCUUAGCGAAGCAUUUCGACGUUGUCGCUCGGUGUCAGGGCGGAGCAAAUGCUGGGCACACUAUCUACAAUUCUGAAGGCAAGAAGUUUGCACUUCAUCUUGUUCCCUCAGGGAUUCUCAAUGAAGAAACCAUGUGUGUUGUUGGAAAUGGAGUUGUAGUCCAUCUUCCUGGAUUCUUCAAAGAAAUUGAUGGCCUUGAAUCCAAUGGGAUCUCCUGCAAAGGAAGGAUUCUGGUAUCUGAUCGUGCUCACUUGCUAUUUGAUUUCCAUCAAGAGGUAGAUGGGCUUAGAGAAGCUGAAUUAGCCAAGUCCUUUAUUGGCACUACCAAAAGAGGAAUCGGACCUUGCUACUCAAGCAAAGUCAUUCGAAAUGGUAUAAGAGUAAGCGACCUAAGACGUAUGGAUACUUUCCCUCAAAAGCUCGAUCUUUUGUUAUCAGAUGCAGCUUCAAGAUUCAAGGAUUUUAAGUACACCCCUGAUAUGCUUCGGGAAGAAGUUGAAAGGUACAAAAAGUUUGCUGAGAGAUUGGAACCAUUCAUCUGUGAUACAGUCCAUUUCAUGAAUGAAUCUAUAUCACAGAAGAAGAAGAUCUUGGUGGAAGGUGGUCAAGCUACCAUGUUGGAUAUUGAUUUUGGGACAUACCCUUUUGUAACCUCUUCUAGCCCUUCAGCUGGUGGAAUAUGCACUGGCUUAGGGAUUGCUCCUAGAGCCCUUGGGGAUAUCAUUGGAGUGGUAAAGGCAUACACAACUAGGGUGGGGUCCGGUCCGUUUCCAACCGAAUUAUUAGACAAAGCGGGCGACCUUCUCCGGUUUUCCGGGCAGGAAUUUGGCACAACCACGGGUCGUCCACGUAGAUGUGGUUGGCUUGAUAUUGUUGCUCUUAAAUAUGUUUGUCAAAUAAAUGGAUUUUCUUCUUUAAAUCUCACAAAACUUGAUGUUUUAUCCGAUCUUCCCGAAAUCCAAUUGGGUGUUUCUUACAAAAAUCCUGAUAAUACCCCCAUCAAUUCAUUCCCUGCUGACUUAUACGUCCUCGAACAGUCAAAGGUGGAAUAUGAAACGAUGCCAGGGUGGCAGACUGAUAUUUCAUCUAUAAGAAACUACUCUGAUUUGCCAAAGACUGCACGUCAGUAUGUAGAAAGAAUAGAAGAGCUGGUUGGUGUGCCUAUUCAUUACAUUGGUGUGGGGCCCGGACGUGAUGCUCUUAUAUACAAGGUGAAGAUAAGCAACGAUUUUUUUUUUGCUAGAGUUUCUUUUGCUCGAUUUGAGUUUGGGACAAUGUAUACACUAAAAUAUUUCAAGAACUGAAAGCACCGUCGAGGAUAUGUGGAACCCUGUAUUCCUUCUCACCGUUUCCGCCUCUUCAAUUCCAACGAUUCCUUUUAAUAGGAACUAUAUCGACUUAGAUCCUUCACAUCCAUUCAUUUCUGAAAUCAAUUCGAAGCUGUCAUCUCCCUUCAUUAAAGAAGGCAAGUGACAAAUCUAAGAUUUUUAUUUUUUUCUUUCUUACCGAAUAAAAAUCUAUGCGAAUGUUUGUUAACAAGGACAAAUAACAAUUCAUAUAUCUCUUUGAUCUCUCGAUUUACUAACCAUCGCACCACGACCAGUGUCCUCUCCUUCUCUAUAUUCAUAAGAAAAACCCUAGCUCUAUUAAUGAGAGGAAACGAAAAGAUGAACCCGGAUGAAAAUCCGGUGGCUGGAGAUUAGUUUUUCAUACUGAUUUUUUGUUUUCUUCAUUAUUCUUGAUGUUUUACAAGUUAGUUUUGUAUUUUACAUCUGAUCUUUAUUGUAGAACCUGUACUUACUGUCAAGUUUAUAGAUGCGUAGAAACCAUUUGAUGAAAUGCUUGAAAGAGAAUUUUAAAAAAUAAAUAAAUAAGAGCUUUCCGGUGGAAGAGCUGCUAUCAAGUGGUGAUGGUUUUGAGUAUUCCAGUCCGUUAGGUUGGUAGAUUGGAUUUUAUUGACUGUAAUGACCAAUUCUCUUGUCAUUUUGCUGCUAAAAUGAUUUGAUAAUGCAAUAGGAUGCUACAUCAUGGAAAUUAAUAAAAGUAGGUUGGUAUUCUUUCAUUGAGGUCUUACACUACACUUUGUAAUUUUAGUCUCACAAAACAUUGUGAAAUAUGCCUAGUUAUAUACUAUACAUAUGCAGAUGCUUCUCAAAAGAAGUAACAUAGAUGCUGCUCUAAAGAAGUAAAGUGGAGAGGUGAGAGUAUUUAUUUUUCUUAUCCGCUCUUUCUCUCUUAAAAAUCUUGAUUUUGAUAAUUGGGGUUUAAUCUCUUUUGUUCAAAUUAAAAAUUAGGAUUGGUUAACUAGAUUGGUUUUUAUAAUAUUAAUGUUUGAGUAUUUAUAUUUAAACUUAUUAGUUCAAAUAAUUGGCCAUAAUUUUACUGGUUGAUGUUUAAGGUAUGAAAAUGUGAUAUGGUUGGUGAGCUUUUAUGGGUUGUCCAACAACAACUUGUUUUAACUUUCUGACAAACAGUUAUUGGGUACGUUCUUAAUUAGGAUUUAGGAAAUCCAAAGUUUCUAUGUUCCUGAUGUUGCAAUGUUACUUAGGGUACAUUGUCUUUUAUGAAUGCCAUGAAAGCUCGGUUUUUUUAUUGUUUUGUUUCUCAAAGUAAUAUGAAAAUUGUCCAUAUAAGGUUUGUGUUUGGUGACAACAUAUUACCAUCAUAUCUUUGUUUAUAGCAUAAUGAUUUCAAAUAUUUGCCUUUUACAGAUGAGUUUAUAUAUUUCAAGCUCUUUGGUCAAAUGAAAGUAACUUGAAUUUAUAGAAGCAUGGAAGAUGCUCAAUAUUCCAUGAGCCUCUCAUCUUCUCUCUUUAUUUGUCUAGAUAAUUAUUUUGGAUUUUAGAUAUUUUUAUUUAUCAUUAAUUGCAUUUAAUUGUUUCAGGUCAAAGUGACUAUGAUUUUUAAUUAGGAUUGUCCUUAUCUGGCAUGUAUAGAUUAUUACUUUUCAUUUUUCUUCAUUCACACAUUAAACAACUAAGUUCUUCUCUUUUGUGGUUGAGAAAAGAGUCUUAUCUUAUUAAUAAGUCUAUGUCUAGCGGAAAACAUGUUAUGAUCAUGGUGCUGUUUAAAAGACACAUUUUAAUCAAAAUGAAAAAAAUGUUGACCAAAAUGUACAUAGCAGUUUAUAUGAUUUAAUUGACCAUUCGAUAUUGUUGGCUUUUGAAAGGGUGUAAAAGCCAAAAGGCUGAAAUGUAAUUAGUUUUAACUUUAACAAUCAAAAACACACGUAAGG